ACACUCUUUUGAUGGUUUGAUGGUCACAACAUUUCAUUGCUCUGUUUAGUUCUUGGCGCCAUUAUAUCACAUUAGGAAAACUUAAUUUUAAUUAUAACAGUUUAUAAUUGAGUGUUGGAUUAUUUAAUUCUAAACACAACAUGUCUGACACACAGGGACAGAAGGACGAUAAUUCGGAAUACAUCAAACUAAAAGUCGUUGGAAACGACUCAAAUGAAAUCCACUUUCGGGUCAAAAUGACAACGCAGAUGGGAAAACUCAAGAAAUCUUACAGCGAAAGAGUGGGUGUUCCAGUGACAUCUUUGAGAUUCCUCUUUGAUGGCAGAAGAAUUAAUGAUGACGAAACACCAAAGCAGCUGGAGAUGGAGAAUGAUGAUGUCAUCGAGGUAUACCAGGAACAGACAGGAGGUAGAGAUUGCGAGACGGACACGACGCACGACAGCAUGUGUUGAGCAUUCCAGUGUUGAGGACGUUGUGUGUUGUACGGACGAUGACAAGCCUUCAAUUAUAUAUUGUUUUUGUCCCAGAGGGUAACUGAUGAUAAAUCUUAUUAAGUGUACUACUGUAUUUAAGAUGACUUUGGAGUUUUGUAGUAUUUUCCAACAAAUAGAUUAUUUUCCAAAAACGUUGUACAUUUCCAAAUUGAUUUUUAAGAAUCAGAUGUUUUCAUUUUGAUAAAUUUUGUUAGAGAUGAAUGGCGGAAGUAAGUAGUGUUGGGGUGAAAUCAGAACCGCUGGAAAUUAAGGUCACAGAACAAUAGAUAGCCCUCUUUUGAAUCUGCGACACUAAGCAAUUUCUUUCCGUCAAUCGUCCUUUUAUACCUUAUGCAUUUUAAAGAGCUGAAACCGAACCAUAAACAUUUCAUAGUGAAAUAUUUUUAAUCCAAUCUUUUUUCACUUUAGCCCUUUUUCUCACAGCACAUCUACCUGUGUAAAAGCAAACAAAUUGAUUUUUUUCUAUUACCGAACUAUUUGUCUAACGUCUGGCUAAUCCGAUCCAUGUUGGGGGAAAAGUUUACUUUGUAUUAAAAAAAAUCAAGGCUAGGCCUAUGUGUUUUUUUAACUAAAAUUUACUGCACAUUUUCGGCUGAUCUGUACUUUUUGGUCAUCCAAACAGGGUCUGGACGCGAAUAGUUUGGAAUAGCGGGGCUCUUGUUUAUUUAGAUACAUUUCUUUGUUUAUUGUUUUAAACCAAAAAGUAUCAUGUGGGUAAUUUUAGUUAAGAAAAUUGAAUUAAGAAUAUACAUGAAGGAUCAAACUUAAAUGCCCCUGGCUGUUUUGUGUAGUCACUCUACACAAUUGUACAUUUUUUAAAUUCUUUUGUAGGGCUAGUUGUUAUUUAUAAGAAAUGUGUGUCUGCAAGAUUAUAGUUUACUCACCAGUCAAAUGGUUUAUUUCUAUUUGUUCUUUUCUAGUGUAUUUUGUAAAUAAAUUUUAAACACAAA